AUGGCCGCCAUCUGGGGUAACGGCGGGCAGGCUGGCCAGUUCCCGCUGGAGCAAUGGUUCUAUGAGAUGCCCCCUGUAACUCGAUGGUGGACAGCAGCCACCGUUGCCACUUCAGUCUUGGUUCAAUGUCACGUCCUUACCCCAUUUCAGCUGUUUUAUAGCUUCCGCGCAGUUUAUGUCAAGUCUCAGUAUUGGCGUCUAUUAACGACCUUCCUAUACUUCGGGCCACUCAAUCUCGACUUACUAUUUCAUGUGUUCUUCUUGCAGCGAUACUCGCGCCUCUUGGAGGAAUCAUCGGGGCGAUCGCCGGCCCACUUCUCGUGGCUUCUGUUCUACGCCAUGGCCUCUCUUCUCGUCCUCUCGCCAUUUCUCUCCCUUCCUUUCUUGGGCACGGCCCUCUCUUCCAGUCUGGUCUACAUCUGGAGUCGUCGCAACCCGGAAACUCGCCUCAGCUUCCUGGGAAUGCUGGUCUUCACCGCCCCAUACCUCCCCUGGGUCCUGAUGGCAUUCAGCCUGGUCGUCCACGGCAUCGUGCCCAAGGACGAAAUCUGCGGCGUUGUCGUCGGCCACGUAUGGUACUUCUUCAAUGACGUCUACCCUUCGCUCCACGGUGGCCACCGUCCUUUCGACCCCCCUAUGUGGUGGGUGCGUCUGUUUGAGUCCGGGCCUGCAGAACGAGGCACCGACGCGGCCAACGUCAACGGGGACUUCGCCGCCGCUGCUGCACCCGAAGUUCGGUGA